CCUUCCACACACGGUGAAAAGAGGAGAAACCCAGCGCGAGGCCACGGGAGCGCGAGGUGGAUCGUCUCGAGUCAACAUGUCCACAGUGGUGACCUGCACGCGCUUCACUGACGAGUACCAGCUGUUCGAGGAGCUGGGAAAGGGCGCCUUCUCCAUCGUGCGUCGGUGCAUCAAGAAGUCCACCGGCCAGGAGUAUGCUGCCAAGAUCAUUAACACCAAAAAGCUCUCAGCCCGAGAUCACCAGAAGUUGGACCGAGAGGCGAGAAUCUGCCGGCUGCUGAAACAUCCAAAUAUAGUACGGCUCCAUGAAAGCAUCUCAGAGGAAGGCUUCCAUUACCUCGUCUUUGACCUGGUCACUGGAGGAGAGCUGUUUGAGGACAUCGUUGCGAGGGAGUAUUACAGCGAGGCCGAUGCCAGCCACUGCAUCAAUCAGAUCCUGGAGAGCGUCAGUCACAUCCACACGCAUGACAUCGUGCACAGGGACCUCAAGCCAGAGAACCUGCUGCUGGCCAGUAAGAUGAAGGGAGCAGCGGUGAAGCUGGCAGACUUCGGUCUUGCCAUCGAGGUGCAGGGGGAGCAGCAGGCCUGGUUUGGUUUUGCAGGAACUCCAGGAUACCUGUCUCCAGAGGUGCUGAGGAAGGACCCGUACGGCAAACCAGUCGACAUAUGGGCAUGUGGUGUGAUCCUGUACAUCUUGCUGGUGGGCUACCCCCCCUUCUGGGACGAGGACCAACACAAACUCUACCAACAGAUCAAGGCUGGUGCUUACGACUUUCCUUCUCCUGAGUGGGACACCGUGACCCCUGAGGCCAAGAAUCUGAUCAAUCAGAUGUUGACGAUCAACCCGGCCAAAAGGAUCACUGCCGACCAGGCCAUCAAGCAUCCCUGGGUCUGCCAACGCUCCACUGUGGCCUCCAUGAUGCACCGUCAAGAGACUGUGGAAUGUCUCCGCAAGUUCAACGCCAGGAGGAAACUUAAAGGAGCCAUCCUCACAACAAUGCUGGUGUCCAGGAACUUUUCAGUGGGACGACAGCACACCAGCCCGGCCGCUACCACCAGCACGGCCGCAAUGGCAACGGAAGCGUGCAAAACUUUACUAAACAAAAAGUCGGACGGUGUGAAGUCGCAGGGAGACAGCAGUAAAAACAGUGUAGUCAGCAGCAGCAGCACCAAAGACAGCAGCAUGUCAUCUUCAGCACCAAUGGAAGCCCAGACCACUGUGGUACACAACCCAGCUGACGGCACCAAGGGCUCCACAGAGAGCUGUAAUAACGCAGAUGAGGAGGACAUGAAAGGUAGGAAAGCUCGUAAACAGGAGAUCAUAAAGAUGACAGAGCAGCUGAUUGAAGCCAUCAACAACGGGGAUUUUGAGGCUUACACGAGAAUCUGUGACCCUGGACUCACGUCCUUUGAGCCGGAAGCUUUGGGAAACCUGGUGGAGGGAAUGGACUUCCACAAGUUCUACUUUGAUAAUCUUCUGAGUAAAAACAGCAAGCCGGUGCACACCACCAUCCUCAACCCCCACGUGCAUCUGAUCGGAGAGGACGCCGCCUGCAUCGCCUACAUCCGCCUGACGCAGUACAUGGACGCCCAGGGCCGGCCGCGCUCCUGCCAGUCGGAGGAGACGCGCGUGUGGCACCGCCGCGAGGCCAAGUGGCUCAACGUGCACUUCCACUGCUCAGGGGCACCGGCGGCACCGCUGCAGUGAACCCACAACCCAGGCUCCGCUUUGCCUGAACUCUAAAGCUGUUUGGAGCGUUUUCUCUCCGUGGCCGGAUCGGCGCCUGGAUCCUGGUCGGGAACGAGGCUGCUUGGAAAGUUGUAACAAAAAAAUAAAAAAACACACAAAAGAGGGGAAAAUAUAUUAUCAGAAAAAUAGACCAAACCAAAAAUUAUAUAUAUCAGAGGUUUGACUGAACGACCGGCCAACACCAAUCCAGUCCAAACCCUAGUUAGAUGAGGGGCCCGGCUGAGGGGGGGUGCAUGCUUCUGGUGGCAACACA